AUGCGCACUGUCCUUGCUCGGGAGAUGGGUGGCUGCAGUGUUUUGGGCCGGAUCUGGGGUGUAUGGCGGCGGCGGCCAGGGGUCCGCGCAGUGCCCAAGGCCCCAGGCUUUGGCACCGAAGCCGGACAUCGGCUGCGACCCGGAGGCUCCAGCAAACGGUCGAGGCCCCAGCCAUUCCCGGGGCUGCUGCAGCUAGAGAACCUCGGUCGGGAGGAGCUGGUUGAUGUGCUGAGGGCUGCAGUAGUGGACCAGAAAGGACCUCUAGUGACAUUGAAUAAGCCACCGGGUCUACCAGUGACAGGAAAACCAGGAGAGUUGACAUUGUUCUCAGUGCUGCCAGAGCUGAGCCAGUCCCUGGGGCUUGGGGAUCAGGAGCUCCAGGUUGUGCAAGCAUCUGGGAAAGAGACCUCUGGGCUUGUACUCCUCUCCAGUUGUCCUCAGACAGCCAGCCGCCUCCAAAAGUUCUUCAUCUACUCACGGAGAGCCCAGAGGCCCACAGCCAACUACUGUGCUGUCACUGAUGGGAUCCCAGCUACUUCUGAGGGGAAGAUCCAAGCAGCUUUGAAACUGGAACACGUUGAUGGCGUUGAUCUUGUAAUUCCAGUGAAGUCCCCAUCCCGAAAAGACUUCCAAGAAGGUGUCAAGAGGACCCUCAGCCACUUCCAUGUGGUGGCCAUGGGCUCUGGCUGUGCCUUGGUCCAACUGCAGCCACUGACAGUGUUCCCCAGUCAGCUCCAGGUACACAUGGUACUACAGCUCUGCCCUGUGCUCGGGGAUCACACAUACUCUGCCCGCGUGGGCACUGUCCUGGGUCAGCGCUUUCUACUGCCAGCAGAGAGCACCAAGCCCCAAAGACAGGUCCCGGAUGAAGCCCUCCUCAGACGCCUCUGCCUGACCCCCUCCCAGGCUGCCCAACUGCCCUUGCAUCUCCACCUGCAUUGUCUCCAUCUUCCAGGCAUGAGGCCCGGGGAGGCCCCCAUGAAGCUUCUGGCACCCUUGCCCUCUUAUUUCUCCAGGACCCUACAGUGCUUGGGGCUCCACCAACAAUAAUGCUCCUUCUGUUCCUUUUGUUUCUGCUGGAAAGCAGUGGGGAUGGGGUGGGAGAUGAACCUACGAUGAGGCCUGAGGAGAAUGAGGUCAGUACUCAACAUGCAGUAAGGCCUCGCUUUAAGAUCCUGGGCUCUGCAUUCGGACACACCUAAGAUCAAAGCCUGCCUAGGCCACCUGCUGCAUGGUGUUAGGCAAAUGAAUUCAUCUCUUUGGACGUGCAUUAAUAAAAGUACCUACCUCA